CCCCAUUCCCACCCUCUCCACAAUUCAAUUUCUUCACCUCUUCCCAAUUCUACUUCUACACAACAUGUCCGACCUGAUGUGCCUAUCAAAGCACACCACUUCUCCUCCGCCCAAAACACGGUGGUUCUCCUCCGUCCUCCUCCUCCUCGUCGCUGAUUUGGCCCAACUCUGUUCUUUAAUUCUCUCCCACCCUCUCUACUUCUCAUCAUACUUUUUUGUCUUCUUCACCCCUCCCCAAAUCCUCACAGCCCUCACAUAUCUCUUCCCUCUUCUCCUCACUACCGCUUCCCUGUUCCUCCUUCCCCACCCCGCCGGCACUGAUCAUAACAGUACUGAUCCUCUUGCUGCGAUGAAAAGAUUGCAGCGGUCAAAGUUUAUAGAUGAUGGGAGUGAAGGGAUUUUGGAUACAUUUGAGGGUUUUGAAGCUUAUGAGAAGAAGAUAGCUUUGCAAUGCCCUGAUGAAACAUUGGGUGUUCAAGAAAACCAAGUCCAGUUCUUGGUGGAUCAAUGUUUAUCAUCAUUAUCAUCCGUGGAGGAUGAGGAUGAGGAUGAGGAGGAUGAGAUGUACUAUUCAUCAGAAGAAGCUGAUGAAGAAAGUAAUGCACCUACUGCAGAGACAAUUGAGGCUUGCAAAACAGAAAUUCCAAAAUCAAGAAAUUACAAAUCUCAGAAAUCUGCUUCCUUUCCCAUGAGAAGUAGAGAGCGAAAGCCCACGGUGGCGGGGAAGAUGACUUUGGGGUGGAGGAUGUACGAGGAGAGGCGGUGCAGCGGAGAAGGGAUGGACUUAUUGUGGGAGACGUACGAGACGGAGUCGAUCAGGAGCAUCCCUGGCCCUGCCGCGAUACACGCAGUAGAGGAAGAAUCAAUGAGAUCAGAUCAGAUGAGGAAGAGCAAGAAAAGAGGGGAUGAUGAAGAAAUGGGGACAAGCAGGUCAUCAUCAUAUGGCAAGGAGAGCGAUGAUGAUGAAGGGGAGAUGGUGAUGAUGGAUGAGUUGUGUUGCUUGCAGGCACUCAAGAAGUUAUCAGCUGCCAGGAAGGUGAACAUGGGGGGGAUGGGAAAGUCUAAUCUUAAGAAGAUUUCAAAAGCUAUCAAAGGGAUUGGAUGGUUUAACCAUUUGGGCAAGCGGCACAGGAAGAAGCAGGUGGUGCAUAUUGAAGACAACAGACUAAUCUAGUCUAGCUAGUUACUAAAAUGACAUUUGUCUUCUUCAUCAAUUUUGGUGUCACAAUAUCUCCUUGCUGUUGUUUUUUUUGGCUUAUGAGAGUUAUUAUACCUAGAAGUAUAACUAUUGAAGACAAUAAACUGUUGGAAAAAUUCAUAUUAA